CACCAUACAACACGCCGAAAGCAUCUGUUCAAAGACGUACACAUAUAUCAUUCCGUGCUCUGGGUCUGGCCUUGCCGACCGAACGAUCCUACCUGGUGUUUUCUAACAUGGAAAGGUAAUAUGUUCACAGUGUCUUCAUGAUUUCUUAUUUCUUCUAUCAGACAAAAUAAUAUUUUAAUUUAAAAAACAUGAAUGCUUCCGCCGGAUUGUCAGAGCCUGCGGUGGUGAGCGGUGGGUCGACACUUAAACCGUAUUUACGACGGAAGAAGUCGUCACUUGGAGAAACCAAAGUUGCCGUUCUUGGAAUGGAAGGUGUAGGAAAAAGUGCUUUGUCUGUGAGGUUUCUAACAAAACGGUUCAUUGGUGAAUAUGAUCAGUCUAUGGAAGCCAAAUACAAGUGCACAACAAGUAUUGAUGGAGAAUUCAUAGCUUUCGAACUCCUCGAUACUAGGUCUUGCAAUUACGACCUAGGUGCAAGGGAGGAUGUACUUCGAUGGGCGGAUGGAUUCAUGUUGGUCUAUUCGGUAACUAGCCGGAAAAGCUUCGAUAUACUACAAGACAUCUAUAAGAAAAUCGAAGAGGCAAAAAAGGCUGGUCAUGCACCACUGAUCGUUGUAGGAAAUAAAUGUGAUUUAACUCAUGUCAGACAAAUCACACAGGAUGAAGGUAUAAAACUAGCCACAUCCUUCUGUUGCCCUUUCCUUGAAGUGUCUGCAUCAGAAGAUGUCCUCAAAGUUACUGAAGCGUUUCACAUUUUGUGUAAAGAAAUAAUAGAAUUUAAGAGGAGGUCGAGAACAUUUUUGGACCGAGUGUUUGGACUGAAGAAAUCUUGACGUGAUAUGGCUUUCUUUGUGGUUAGGCUGUGCUCUGACAUUGCGGACAACCUCACUAAAACAAAUAUCAUAAAGGUCACAUACGUUCGAAAUAUAUGUUAGUCGUAAAUAACCGAGAGAAAGAAAGUGUUUUCAUUGUU